CAGUUUCCAACCGAAAUUGCUCAUCUGAGUAAUUUAAAGGUGUUGGAUUUGAGGGUUGAAAGUAGCCGCCACCCGUUGUCUCUUGGUAUCUUGUCAAGCUUGAAAAAGCUAGAAGAAUUGUAUAUGGGAUUUCAUCGUCCAUUACGGCUAGGGAGAAAUGCAGAAGAAGAAAGAGGAUGCAUUAAAGAGAUCACAUCACUCGCUUGCCUUGAAUGUCUCCAAAUUAAUUUACAUGGCAUUGACGACCUGCUUCUAUUAUUACACGAAUUCCCUGUUGAGAGGUUGUCAAGAUUUAACAUGAUUUGCAAACAAACUCGGAGAAAAAAUGGUGGAGACUAUCAAUUUCGGAGGAAUUUCAAACUUUAUUUGCGUGACGAGACAAAUUCCAAACUAGCAUUGUAUCCUGCAGUUACUAGCAUAGUCAGGAGAACUGAGGAUCUUACUUUGGAUCUUGGGUUCUUGUUUCGCUCGGGGAAUUUUGUGAAUGACUUAGAUGAAAGUGGAUUUGUCAAUUUGAAAAGGCUCAAAUUGAAGUCGGGUUCAUGGGAAUGCCUUAUUGAUUCCACCACCAACCUAGCUCCUCGACCUGUUUUUGAAAAUCUGGUGUUCAUGGGAUUAACAUCUGGCAAAUUGGAAGAAAUAUGUAAUGGAAAUCUUCCACCUCGUUGCUUCAGCCAACUUCAAGAGAUGAAAUUCCAGAGAAUAAAUUUUAUUGAGUACUUGUGGAAGGGGCCAAUUGAACCUCCGUCACUUUGCAAUCUCAGAGUUAUUGAGGUAUCUAACUGUCAGCGAAUUACAACUCUCUUCUCACAAUCAGUGUUGAAAUGUCUAGUGAAACUCCAAAAGAUAGUCGUAUAUAGUUGUGAAAAUUUGGAAAGCAUUGUUAUGAGGGAAGAAAAUAUGAAGGAUCAAGUGCUUGAGUUACCCCAACUCAAAGUAGUAACACUUGAAUAUACGGGCUUAGAGGGCUUUGGCUGCGAAGGCGAUACAUAUUCCAGAGCUUUUCUCAACCAGGUCUCACUCCCUCGGUUGGAAAUGCUAGACCUUACAAGUCCUGGUUAUCGCCCAGAACAAUUUGUAGGAGGUGAAAUGCUUAGAGGGUCUCUUGAGAACUUAAGAUCUUUGGUGCUUUCAAGUUGCUAUUUUAUCAGAUGCAUUGCGAAAGCUGAUGGUGUGGCAUUGUUAGAGAAUCUGCAGAGCUUUUCUAUGGAUGAUUGUCCUUCGAUGGAAUUACUUUUCGACCUUGAGGGUCUAAAUGUUCCCAUUCCAUCAAAAAAGGAGCUUGAAAUUCUUCCCAAUCUAAAGUCACUGGAAUUGAGAGGGUUAACAAGAUUAACCCACAUUUGGAGGAAUUAUCCAAAAGGGAUUCGAGUAUUCCAAAACUUGAGAAUAUUACAAGUAGAGGGGUGCAGUUUACCAUGUUUGUUUUAUCCACCUUGCGUGGCUGAUAUGCUUGCAAGUCUUGAAGAAUUGAAAGUUGGUCUUUGCCCGGCUAUGUAUGGAGUUAUAGCGGGGGAAAAUGAAGAGACCAGUCAAGAAGAUCAUGAUGCUGGGGAAAAAAGAGAAAUUUCAUUGAGAAGAACCAACAAGGAGUUUUUGUUCCCAAAACUAAGCUUCUUAAGCUUUGUAAACCUCCAAAAUCUUCAAAGCUUCAGUGGUGGUCACCACGAGGAUUGUGACUUCAAAUUUCCUUCACUGACCCAAUUGGAAAUAAUGCGUUGCCCGGAGUUGAAGAAUUUGUGUCCCGGAAAAUUGGAUGCACCAUUACUUAAGAAAGUCAAAGUGGAAGAGAAUGAUGCCAAUAUUCCUCUGGAUUUAAAGGAUAGAGAGAUCAUCUUUUUUACCAAAUCAGAGAUAAGGGGGAAUAAGCAGCUGUUUUGAUCCUUUGGCUGUUCACGGCCUAGCCGUACCGGUCGUCCUUUUUCUAGUAUCAAUCUCAGUAAUGCAAUUCAUCCAAUGAUAGACGUACAAUCGGACCAUGGAGAAAGGGCAUUCGCUUCCUAUUCCUUAUUUAAUUAGAUGAGAUGUCACUUCUAAGCCUUAUGGACGCUUACAUGUAGAGGAAUGAGCAAGUUAAGCAAGUAAUAUGGUCCGCUUACUAUAGUCUUGAUUGAUGGAUUGGGAUGCUGGACAUGGAUGGAAAUCUUAGUAGUGGUAAAAUAUGUCUUGAAUUUAUAUAAGCAUAUUUUGCUUAUUUUGUUUUUUAUUUUUAAAUUAU